UAAACAUCUGAGCGUCCUUCAAUUCCCAUUUCCGUUGCCCAAAAUAGUCAUUCGCACGUCCUCCUGCCGAACAUACCGGCCUAUGCCUCGUAAGCGAAGGCAACGCAAUAAACUGCGUGGAGUUAGCCAUGCCCUGCGGAUGAUUUCGCCCCACGUACCAGUCCAUACCUCUUAGGGCCCACGAUGGAUGUGGACUUGGAUAAGGAGCUCAAAGUCCGGCGGCGCAUACUAGCCAUCUACAACAAGGACCGGGAGGACUUCGCCAGCAAGCAGGAGUUCGAUGACUACCUGGAGGAGGUGGAGGACAUCAUUUGGCGGCUGAGCAACAAUGUGGACAUCGAGCGCACUGAGGCUCAGAUAAGAAAGUACCGCCAACAGAACCAGGAACAGAUCAAUGCCAAGAGUGCACGACAGGCCAACAUGGACGCCCACACGGUGGCGACUCAGCUCACUGCGGCCUCUCUGGCGGCGGCGGCGGCACAGGCGGCCAAGGUGGCGGCACCGCUAAUGUCGGGUGGUCUGCCCACCAUCCUGCCCCGUCUCGUCCAGGACGACGGCACUGUGCUGGAUGGCGGUCGUAACUUCAAGUACGACAGACGCUUGCCGGAUCGAGUAGGACCCGAGGUGGAGGCUGCCGGCGGCUGGACAGCUGCGGUUGCUCGGACAAGGUUGAUGCAAGAGGCCUUCAGCUCAUUGCUACUGCCAUCGGCGACCAGGAUCCUCGUGGAAGGCACUAGGUGAUGAUGAUGGCGGUCAAGAUGAAAUGAAGGGGAGGGGAGAGCUGAAUGGUGUGCGGCAUGUGGGAGUGCUGAGUCCGGGGAGAGCUCCUCGGGCCGGAAAGUUUGGGCGAGGCUCCCUCGGACCUGGCAUGGGACAUGAUCCCUGCACAUAUGGACCCAGACAAAACGUAUCUCUGUCGGUCUGUCGGUCGGUCAGCCUGUCGGGCGGCCUGGGUGACUGGCGAAAUGGGGGGCGGCGUGUUCCUCCAGCUUGUACCCCUUACACGCAGGGCAAUAAGGGUGCAAGUGCAGCACUCUCUUGGCGCACACGAAGUGAGGUUUAUCAACAUGGCUGACCGAGCAAUACUAAGUUCUGCAAACUAUGGAGCAAUCUGGCAGCAAUGGACGUUUUUGACGGGAGGAAUGAAAAUGUACAGGCCGG